AUGACGGCUUGUCACACAAUGAAAGGAAGGGCAGACAGCCCUAACCGUUGCUCUCUCAAUGGGAGGGGCUUAUCAUCUGGGGAGCCUCAACAACAAAAUGAUGCUGACAAGAAAGAGAAGAGUCUCUCCAGAUCAGAACAUCUCAGUAAACACCAGCAGAGACGUAUAGGGAAGAAACCUCACCACUGCUGUUCUGACUGUGGGAAGAGUUUUGCCAAACAGACAGAAUUGAUAAUUCACCAGCGGAUUCACACUGGGGAGAGACCUUAUAGCUGUGAUCAGUGUGGGAAGAGAUUCAAUCAAUCAGGACACCUGACUACACACCAACGCAUACACACAGGAGAGAAGCCUUAUAGCUGUGAUUGGUGUGGGAAGGGCUUCAAUCAAUCAGGAGCACUGACUACACACCAACGCAUACACACAGGAGAGAAGCCUUAUAGCUGUUAUCAUUGUGGGAAGAGCUUCAGGAUGUCAGGAGAUCUGACUGCACACCAGCACAUACACACAGUACAGAAGCCUUAUAGCUGUGAUCAGUGUGGGAAGAACUUCAAUCGUUCAGGACAACUGACUACACACCAGCGCAUACACACAGGAGAGAGGCCUUAUGGCUGUGUUCAGUGUGGGAAGAGCUUCAAUCGUUCAGGACACCUGACUACACACCAGCGUAUACACACAGGAGAGAAGCCUUAUAGCUGUGAUCAGUGUGGGAAGAGCUUCAAUCAUUCAGGAUCCCUAGUUAUACACCAGCGCAUACACACAGGAGAGAAGCCUUAUAGCUGCGAUCAGUGUGGGAAGAGCUUCAUUCUUUCAGGAUCCCUAAUUACACACCAGCGUAUACACACAGGAGAGAGGCCUUAUGGCUGUGAUCAGUGUGGGAAAAGCUUCAAUCAUUCAGGACACCUGACUACACACCAACGCAUACACACAGGAGAGAAGCCUUAUAGCUGUGAUCAGUGUGGGAAGAGCUUUAAUCAUUCAGGAACCCUGAGCGAACACCAACGCACACACACAGGAGAAAAGCCUUAUAGCUGUGAUCAGUGUGGGAAGAGCUUCAAUCAAUCAGGACACCUGACUAUACACCAACGCUUACACACAGGAGAGAAGCCUUACAGCUGUGAUCAGUGUGGGAAGAGCUUCAAUCAAUCAGGAGACCUAACUGCACACCAGCGCAUACACACAGGCGAGAAGCCUUACAGCUGUGAUCAGUGUGGGAAGAGCUUCAAUCGUUCAGGAAACCUGACUGCACACCAGCGCAUACACACAGGAGAGAAGCCUUAUAGCUGUGAUCAGUGUGGGAAGAGUUUCAAUCAUUCAGGAGCCCUGAUUACACACCAGCGCAUACACACAGGAGAGAAGCCUUAUAGCUGUGAUCAGUGUGGGAAGAGCUUCAAUCGUUCAGGAUACCUGACUAUACACCAGCGCAUACACACGGGCGAGAAGCCUUAUAACUGUGAUCAGUGUGGGAAGAGCUUCAGGAAUUUAGGACACCUGACUAUACACCAGCGCAUACACACAGGAGAGAAGCCUUAUAGCUGUGAUCAAUGUGGAAAGAGUUUUGCUCGAGAUUUCACCCUGACCAAACACCAUCUCACACACACUGGAGAGAAACCUUAUAGCUGUGAUCAGUGUGGGAAGAGUUUCAGGACGUCAGAACACCUGACUAAACACCAACGCAUACACACAGGAGAGAAACCUUAUAGCUGUGAUCAGUGUGAGAAGAGUUUUUCUCAAGAUUCCAGCCUGACUACACACCAGCUCACACACACUGGAGAGAAACCUUACUCCUGUCUAUGUGGAAAGAGCUUUGCUUAUUCAGGGUCAUUGAAAAAACACCAGAAAGCUCAAACAUGUUUUCUUUCAUCUCCCUCCUCUCUGGCACCGAUUCCAGAUCCCUAAAAGUUGAAUAGAAAACAUCUUGUGAAGAGUCAUCCAACUCCCAUUCUCUAACUGUUUAAGUCAGUUAUGGUAACGUGUAGAUAAUGUGGAUAAUAUGCAGCUCUGGAUCCAUAUGUGUCAAGCGUCUCGGAGUAGGAGUGCCGUGUGUGUCUGGUGGGGUGGGGUUGUUCAGAGCUGUAUCUUAUUUAAUUAAUUCCUAUUAUCCAUUAAAUAACUUUUAUGUAGAAUAAUAUUUCAACAAUACCAGGUGUGUAUUCAUGUAUUCAAAAGAUUAAUAAUUAAAUCCAUUAUCUGAUCUAUCUGGGGGAAAUGUUGUCUGAAGAGAAAUUGUUCAUCUUGUCUUAUACAAUCAUUGGUUCCUGUAGAUGCUGGGUAGAUAUGUGAGGGGGGAGAUGGUCAAGGACCCUCAGACCUUUUGGCAGAAUGACCAGAAGAGGUUGUAUAAGUUAAGAUAGAUGACGCCAGUCACAUGCAGGAACCAAAUGUUAAUGAUGAAUUCAUGAUGAAUAAUGUAAAUCAUGUAAAUAUAACUUGUCUGUGUAAGCAGUAUAUAAGAGAACUAACGGGACUGCCCCGAAAGAGCUCCUGACCGAUGUGUACUCUGGUGCAUUAUGUUUGUUGCAAUCUCUCCAGCUUGCUGAUAAAAAAUAAUUAUUCAUUAAAGUU